UACUUCAAACAAGACGGCAUUACGCCCGGCUGUCAGAAGUCGGACGUUUCCAAGAGCCGAAAACUAGCGGAAAAUAUGAACCAGGACAGCUUUUUCUGCACAGAUUAUUUGGUUAUAGAGGGGUGAUACUAUUCACUUGGUCAGCAAGAGUUUAUGACAGAGAUAAAGAAACAAGGGAGAAUGAAAAAUCCUUUGAUGAGAAUGGAUCAUACAAUCCCGGUAAAGAGAUAAAGGCAGAAACACAGACGUACUAUCAGGCACUCAUUGAUAACAGAGAUUCUCCAUUUGUGAGAGCUCAACCAGAAAUUGUGACAUUCCUUGGGUAUGAGAGUGACAAUGCUCUUUAUACAAUUCCAGGUUUGGACUACAUUUCCCAGGAAGAUAUCCUUCCCUAUAUGGUUUCUGAUGCAUUUUCCCGUCCAAUCCACCAUGAACUUUUUGAUCGCUUCUUGUAUCCUGAACCUGGAAGAGAGCCGUCUUUUGCUGCACGAGAAGCACUCCAAUCCUGGCAGGAGAAAAAUCAUAAGUGGUUAGAAUUAACAGAUGUACAUAGAGAGUCAACAAACAAUGUAAGGAUUACUGUCAUGCCAUUUUACAUGGGAAUAAAGAACACUCUUCCGACACCAGAUUAUUGGUGGCGCUAUUGUAUCAGAAUUGAAAAUCUUGGUCAGGAGACUGUACAGCUUCGUGAGAGACAUUGGAGAAUAUUUAGUCUGGCAGGCACAUUAGAGACUGUUAGAGGGAGAGGUGUUGCUGGGCAGGAGCCUAUUCUUUCGCCGCAACAACCGGCUUUCCAGUACAGCAGUCACAUAUCACUACAGGCACCCAGUGGAAAUAUGUGGGGUAAAUAUCGCUUCGAACGCUCAGACGGAAGUUCGUUUGAAACUCCCAUACCUCCGUUUGCUCUGGACAGCAGAGAAGAGGAUACACCUGAUUCUCCGGGAGCUUCAUCAAAAUGAAUUUAUAAACUUGAUGCCAGCUUAGCUUAACUUAGCUUAGCUUAGCUCAGCAGUCCAUUUCUUUUUAGUUAAGCGGGAAAAAUGAGAGCCGCGUGAGAGAAUGGGGCGAAAGCGUGGAAAAAAUGUAAGGACGGAGAAGAGGGGGGGUGGGGAAGCAAGGGUUAAUUUCAUCGUCUGUCCCGGGACUUCAAUUACGCAGAUUGCAAUAAGCCGACCCAGUCUACCUUCGUCUCUAGCAUAUUAUCUCGCUUUGUUCAAAAAGUCCUGGAACAUCUAGAAAAGAAAAUGUCAGUGCUCAGCUGCAGACUCUUCCCUUUCUCCCCUCCCCCCUCCCCCCAUGCUACAAAAUUUUUCUCUAUAAAGUUUUAGAUUCUAUUUUGCCGGUUUUUUUUUUUUUUUCGCUUUUGUUUUCUAUUCGCUCGCUAUUUGCUCUCUUUGCGGACGCGGACGCUCUGCUCGCUUUCGCACUGUGUAACUCCCGCUUGGCUUAGCUAAAACGAAGCGGAAAGACUGUGUAAAACCUAGAUAUUUGUCUUCGCGUAUUAUUAUAAUUGAAACAGCUAUUGUUCACUUUACAACUAAACUAACAUGUUUAACAUUUCAAGA